ACCCAAGAAUGCGGAGUCCCAGUCAUGACUCUUGAUUGCAGGCGGGCAUCCACAAUCCCUCGCUGCUUAUCUCGGUCAGGGCUGCCCCCGAUAUGGCUGGGGUGAAGGCUUUCCUUAUUUCUUAUUUCCCUGCGUUCGCUGGGGCAGGUUCUUCCCCCUCCCUUGUACUUUCUUAGGGUAGUGUAUCUGCGAAUAGGGCGUCCUUUAACUCUGGCGGAAAGGCUCACCAGGGCUCUCCCAUGCUGAUCCUCCGCACCUGCUAAGUCUCGCGGACGUAUCUACCCUGUCGCUUUGACCCUCCCCAUCCGACUUUGAAUUUCUUUGCAACAUGGAGACCUAUCGGCCAAAGAAAAGUUCGAGCCAAGAUGCGGAGAAGCAGCCACUUCUCGAAACCUGGGAGACCCCGGCUGAGCGAUCGCAGUGGACCCUGUUACAUGACAAGCGACCCAGCGCUUCAACUAUGUUCCGCCUUGCGAAAUUCACGAUAUUGUCGACGCUACUCCUCACCAUAAUAACGAUACAUCUGCCAAGUGUGCUCACCUCGCCUCUUGAUUUUGCGACUAGCCGGCUUGACCGAGCGAGUAAAUUGGAGGAUGGGAAGCGCGGUGCAGUGGCGAGCGAAAGUGCUAUCUGCAGUCGACAUGGAACAGAUAUUAUAAACAUGGGAGGAAAUGCAGCUGACGCGAUGGUUGCAACAAUGCUCUGCGUUGGAACUGUUGGCAUGUACCAUAGUGGAAUCGGAGGAGGUGGAUUCAUGCUGGUCAAGACCCCUGAAGGCACCUUUGAGGCCAUCGAUUUCCGCGAAACUGCCCCAGCGGCCGCUUUCCAGGAUAUGUUUGAGAAUAAUACGAAGGCUGCCGUUAGCGGGGGCCUUGCAAGUGCCGUUCCUGGGGAACUGCGUGGUCUCGGGUAUCUCCACAGCAAGUAUGGCUCGCUCCCCUGGUCAACCGUUGUGCAGCCCGCUAUCCAAACCGCACGGGAGGGGUGGUCAGUCGGGCAUGACCUGGUCCGCUAUAUGAACGCUGCUGUCGGGGAUGACGAAGACUUUCUGUCUCAGGACCCUACCUGGGCGCUCGACUUUGCUCCCAAUGGAACCAGGCUCGGUGUGGGUGAUACCAUUACGCGAAAACGUUAUGCGGCCACACUGGAGACCAUCGCAAACGAGGGCCCCGAUGCCUUCUACUCUGGAUCGAUUGCAAAGACCAUGAUAGAUGCGGUACAGAAAGCUAACGGUACAAUGACGCUUGAGGACUUGGCCAAUUAUACGGUCGCUAUCCGCAACAUCUCAGAAAUUGAUUAUCGCGGCUAUCGGAUUACUAGCACCCCAGCCCCUUCCAGUGGUAUCGUAGCUCUGAACGUUCUCAAAGUUCUGGGUACUUACGAUAACCUUUUUAGUCCGGAUACUCUGAACCUGAGCACUCAUCGAUUGGACGAGGCUAUACGGUUUGGAUAUGGAUUGAGGACUAAUCUAGGAGAUCCGUUCUUCCUCGAUGGCUUGGAUACGUAUCAGGAAAUGAUGUUAGCGGAUUCCACUGUUGAAGAGAUUCGAAAGAAUAUAUCCGACCAGCAUACCCAGGCUGUGUCUGCCUACAAUCCGCAGGGAUAUGAGAGUCUUGAAACACCGGGUACUUCCCAUAUUGCCGCCAUUGAUCACAGUGGGCUUGCUAUUUCCGCGAUCACGACCAUCAAUUUGCUUUUUGGCUCCAAAGUCAUGGUUCCUGAGACUGGUAUUAUAAUGAAUAAUGAGAUGGAUGACUUUUCUAUUCCUAAUUCGUCCAACUCCUUUGGCUAUAUUCCGUCAGAGGCAAACUUCAUACGACCCGGGAAACGCCCACUGUCCUCUUGCACUCCGGCCAUUGUUACCCAUCCUAACGGAACAGUGUUCUUCGUCGCCGGCUCGGCAGGAGGUAGUCGGAUUAUCACUGCCACCAUCCAGAACAUUAUCCAUGUCGUCGACGAAGGUCUUUCAGCGGCAGAAGCCUUGGCCCAGCCGCGCCUUCACGAUCAACUGGUCCCGAAUCGUGUCACAUUCGAGUACGAUUAUGACAAUGAGACUGUGUCCUUCAUGGAGGCAAGAGGUCACAAUGUGACCUGGGUAGGUCCAGGGGAGAGCACGGCGCAGGCCAUUCGAGUUUUACCGAAUGGAACCUUCGAUGCUGCAGGGGAGCCUAGACAGGCUGAUUCUGGAGGGUUCGCUGUCUGAGGGAUCUAUAAUGCAUAUAUGUCCACCCUGACUAUACAUAUCUGAGGGUUUUAUGAGCGAUACCUUCUGUCUUGGAUUUACACUUUUGGACUUGAGUUGCGAGAGAUAAAGUAUACAUAUAGCAUUAGACUUGAAUAUCGAGACGAAUUAUGACAAUAUCCGAGGCAGGUAUGUCCUGCUAAUAUUAUACGACGCAA